GCGCCUGAGCCCAGCCAAUCGCACGGAAUCCAUUUUGGCGACGGCGCCGCAGCACAAAGCGGCCAACGGCGAGUGCACCCGAAUCAGACUCCUCGACGGCGGUUUUCUUUCUUCAGGAUCUUUGCUGCUGCAGUUGCAUUCACAUCCACGUCUACAUUCAACAGCUAUAUCAUGUCGAGCGUUCUGAGAGAGUUCUUUGAGGCCAUUGUGCCGGUCGUUAAGGCUGAGGAGCCUGAGGAGGAGGUCGAGGAGGAAGAGGAGGAGGAGGAAGAUCCCGAGGAUACCAUGCCUGCCAUCCAGGAGGAGUGCGCUGAGAAGGAGUGCCACUCUGCUAAGCACCACUUUGACGAGUGCGUCGAGCGCGUUACUGCUGCUAUGGAGGAGGAAGGAUAUGCCGAGCGUGAACACAAAGAGGACUGCGUUGAAGAAUUCCUACACCUGUCCCACUGCGUCAACGACUGCGCCGCGCCCAAGAUCUUUGCUACUCUGAAAUAAACUCUGGAAAUAAAAAAUGACGGAAAAUUGAGGUAGGAAGUGUGUUGAACCGACAAAGUGAAGGAGAUACUAAAAUGAGAUUGGAACGAAAGAGGUAGAGACGGAGGACGAACAAAAGAGAAUGCCAGACCACACAGCAUAAAUGGCACUUUUCUUUCUUUUUCCUCCUAUCCUCUGCCUCUUCUUCUCCUAUUCUUUCUCCGCUUUGUCUCUUCAACUGCUUCCUCUUCACGUGGACGAGGCCGCUUGUAUUUAGCACUUUUUGUUAUAUCUAUUUAUAUUCAUGUUGUUUCUAGAGUUUUUGUCAAGGAUCUUAGUUAAUGAAGUAUCUCACCAUUAC